CUAAACUUCGUUCAUUUGAACCAAAAGAUCAAGUUCUGGUUCAACGAUUUCAUCAGGGACAUGCUCUACAGCCCAAAUUUGAAGGUCCUUUAGAAAUCAUGAAGCGCCUAAGUGACGUGAACUACUUGGUAAGGACGCCGAAGAAGAGGAACUCACAACGGACGUAUCACGUUAACCAACUUAAACCCUAUUCAGGAAUCGUUUCACCAGUUUCUACUAUAACUCCUCUGAACCAAGAAUGGGCUCCAGUAAGUUCGGAUGAAAUGAUAGGAAUACCAAUUCUUCUGAACAAUUCGACAGCCUUAAAGAAUUUAAAUUCUCUACUGAUAAAUCUGGAAGUGGACAAAAGACACAAAAUAAAAUCCCUGAUUAAGGCAAAUCUCCACCUAUUCAACGACGUCCCAAAACCGUGUACGUUGGGUGUGCACGAUGUUACUCUCAGAGAACCUACUCCAAUCAAGCAAUCUCCCUACAGAGUGAGUCCCAAGAAACAAGGUGAAGUCGCUCCUUUGAACGCCAAAGUAAAGGCCCUCUUAGAAUUUCCUACCCCUAAGGAUAGGAAAAGCGUAUCAAGAUUUUUAGGAGUUGCCGGUUACUACCGUUGGUUCUGUCCGAAUUUUGCACAGGUAGCUUUUCCCCUAACUGAAUUAACAAGUCCAAAAACAGUUUUCAUGGACCCAGGACUGUGAAAUUGCUUUUAAUCGUUUAAAAAGAUUACUAUCCUCUUCCCCAGUAUUGCUAAGUCCUGAUUUUAAUAAACCAUUCCACUUAAAAAUAGAUGCCAGUGCGUAUGCUUUGGGAGCCGCAUUGUUACAGAAGGCUCCAAAUUCUGACCUAUUACAACCUAUUUCUUAUUUUUCUUCUAAGUUAAAGAAACACCAAAUUAAUUAUUCAACUAUAGAAAAAGAAGCCUUUGCUCUCGUUGUAUGCCUAGAGAAUUUUGAUGUAUAUUUAGGAUCUAUUUAUAGAUGGGGUUGUAAGAGAAGUAAAUGCGAGGGUCUUGGCAAGAGGCGUGGAGUUAAAAGAUAAAGAAUCACACACAAAGUGGGAGUUGUCACAGCUGCUCUUUGCUGAUGACACUGUGCUCUUGGGAGAUUCUGAAGAGAAGUUGCAGAGAUUGGUGGAUGAAUUUGGUAGGGUGUGCAAAAGAAGAAAAUUAAAGGUGAAUACAGGAAAGAGUAAGGUUAUGAGGAUAACAAAAAGAUUAGGUGAUGAAAGAUUGAAUAUCAGAU